UGAGAGAAGAAAAUGGGGGACAAGAGGAAGAAGACGUUCAUGUUCAUCCGUCUAGUCUCAGCUGCUGGAACAGGGUUCUUCUAUGUGAAGAGGAAGAGCAGCAAGGGCCUUCUUGAGAAGCUUGAGUUCCGCAAGUACGACCCUCGCGUCAACCGCCAUGUCCUCUUCACCGAGCAGAAGAUGAAGUGACCCCAUUUCUUUUAUUUCUUUUCUAGUGGUGGUUCAAGUUGGGGUUUAGAGUUUAGACUUUUGUUUGUAAGUUUCAGUUUGAGGAUCAGAGAAAGUGGAUCUCAGGUCUAAGAGCAUCUCCAAUGUAUUACUCCAAAUUUUACUCUAAAAUGGUGUAAUUGGAUUUUACUCCAAUGUAUUACUCUAUUUUUUACUCCAAACAAAAAGAUUAUGUUUUCAUUUAGUUAAUAAUUAUUAUUAGUACCUUCAA